AUUUAAAGUACUAUUUUAAAUCCACCACAAACAAUCUAGUACUGAGAUUAAAAUUACCUAACCAUACUAAACUGAGGAUGGGUGGGAUAAGCAUCCUGUUCAGAAUUAAUCAAGCUACCCCAUUGCGGAAUGGCUUCUCGCAACCAUCUCGACGAUGACGAUGACUUCGGCAGCGAUUUCAGUGGAACCCACAACGGAAGGCGUUCGGGUAAUAAGAGAAGCUUUGGGGAUCUUGAGGACGAUGAGGACGAUCUCUUUAGUUCGAAGAAGGGUAAUUCGAAGGUGGAAGAAACCGCAAUGAUUCUGUCUCUUCGUGAGAGCCUUGCCCGGCACGAUCUUGCGACAUGCCAAGCGGAGCUUUGCUCGGCACUACACGACAAGAAAGCCCACUCCCUUGCCCGGGCCCUUCCCUUUUCUUCCUCGCAUCGUCAUUAUCACACUCUCUGUAACACAAAUCCAUUCCCCAAAAUCUCACUACUAAGUGGAGGAAUUUAGUGAGCAAGCGAGUGAUAGAGAGAGGGGGAGAGCUUGGAGGUAGCUUUCAUGGCUGCAGCUGUGCUGCAAUGAUUCUUUCCCGUUUCUGGCUUCUGGGUUUGCUUUGAAAUCGCCAUUCACAUGCUCCUAGGCUGAUCUACAUUGCGACCUCGGUCUUUGAAUGGAGAUUUCGUAGCCUGUGCACUUAAAACAAAGAGUUGCAACGUCAUGUACUUAGUUAAGGUCAAUCCAAAUUUGCUAAUAAGGUGAGUGUACAUGG